AUAGGCACCGCAGAGACCGCAAACGCGCGUUGUGUAAAGCGUUCGGAUGCGUUCCUCGUGGAUGCAUUCGCCAACGUAAAAGCGGGAAGGCCCACAACUGCUCACACAAGAACCCCUCCGCACAGCACCGAGCUGCUUCUCACCCUUGGCCAGAUUCUACGACGGAGAUUGUUCGCGUCAGACGGCUCGCGCCCACCGCAGAGCGUUUGUUCGUAUCAUCCUUGCUCUGUGAUAUCACUUGCUUUGCCCCUCUUCAAAGCUGCCGCCCCCUCCAAGCUCUCUUUGUCUCUUUCCCCCAUCUAACAUUGCCCCCGUCUCUCCAAAUUAUUCCCCGUGCCCCAUCCCGCGUCCUUGAUCACCGUGUUCUCAGCGUCAACCCAUCUUAGCAAACAAAUAGCCGACCCUUUCCUCCCUUCCGGUGUCUCAACCCUCCCCCAUUCCUUGCCAUGACAGAUCAUUCUAAAUCUGGUAAGCAACCCAUCAUACGCGGUUCCAGGGCGUGCACCGUAUGCAGAACCGCAAAGAUGAAAUGCGUCGGUGCGGACGAGGAGCAGCAUGUCCCCUGCAUGCGUUGCGUCCGCACAAACCAACAAUGUAAAUUCGAGAAGCACCGUCGCGGUCGCAAGCCAGGAUCAAAGUUAUCCGAAGCUUCUAAAAUGCUCCGACGGCUCGAAAAGGGUCUCAACAACGCCAAAGCAAAAUCGCACCACACUGAUCUCUUACUGCCCACGCCGUACCCCUCAAUGACUCAGGACGCCUCGUCAUUGAACCAGUACUCACGGCCCACCUCCUCCGGGGGCGUGGGAGCAGAAGAUGACGAUGACACAGAUAAAUCCGGGGACAACAUCUUCCCCGCUCAACUAAUCCGCAAGGAAAGUGAACGCAACUCGUUCUUCAAGACCAUCUUAAACCCAACGGACUCCGACCCCCAUUCCCCACAUCAGUCCAGCAGCGGAGGGAGUGUGAGCCAAGCCUCGUCUACCACGACACGAUCCCCAUCAGCUUCUUCUCAUCAUGAUUACAACGGAAGACUCGGACUCUUCCCGGGUUUGAGGGACCCCGUCGCAGCAGGACUUAUUGAGGAAAAGGAUGCUGCCGUGUUUUUCGACUUGUUCUUUCUGCGUCUCAACUCGUUCAUCAACCUCUUUGACCCCGCGCUCCAUACUGUACACUAUGUCCGUUCCCGGUCCCCUUUCUUGUUCACAGUAAUCAUCAUGGCUUGUUGCAAGUUCUUCAAGCCAUCCUUGUACCAACGCACCCACAAGAUGGCCCAGGAGUAUGCCAUCACGGCCUUUGCAGAGAAUUGGAAAAGCGUUGAAGUCGCCCAAGCCUUUGCGUGUUUAACGUACUGGAAAGAACCAGAUGAUACCCGAACCUGGACGUACAUCGGCUACGCAUGUCGUAUGGCCGUCGAACUUGGGCUCAAUGAAUACGUCGCUUAUCCACAGAAUGAAACACCGCUUCAAUUCCUCGAACGCCGUAACCGUGAACGCACCUUCCUAGUUCUCUUCGUCCACGAUCGUAGCCUGAGCACUCAAACCGGUCGUCCGUGGAUGCUAGAUCACCUUGAACCAUUGGUAGUUCAUGGUGAUGCUUGGCACUUACACGGCGGUUCUACCAUUCGUCCAGAGGAUGUCAUCUUGGCCGCUUUCGUGAACCUGCGAAUCAUUGCCUCUGAUGUCACGAAGAAGGUGUAUCAAAUGGGCCCAUGGCUCCCUGGUGAGUUGAUCAACAGUACCAAUGAGAGACUAGCCGAGUGGAUGGAGCGUUGGUCAACCGAGAUGAAGAAAGCUGACGGCGAGAAAUUCCACCACGCUUUCCUCCGGUUUUUCUGGCUCUACGUCCGACUCUUCCUCAACAGCCUCUUCCUCAAACUGCCCCUAUCGAAUGCUAAAGUGAGUCCACGGGACAUCAAACUUAUCGAAGCAUUGGAUGCAUGUUACGUGAGUGGUUUGGAACACCUCAGGAGUGUUGUAGAUGAUUUUGCGGCCAUGGCGAUGCUGCGGUACGGACAAGAGACUAUCACUGUCAUGACUGCUUACUGUGCUGUCUUUCUCAUUACGCUUCUUCGUAAUCGCAACACUAAACACAGCCUCCCCAUAAACGCACGAGACGAUAUCUAUAGGAGCAUUUCAAUGGUCGCAGACACAUAUGCCGAGUUUGCGGAUCCUUCGAGUGCCACUGCUGCGCACCAUUCGAGGUUUUUGAAGAGCCUGGUCGCAAAUGACAUGUUCAGAUCGGAACAAAUGGACAGGAUGGAAAGGGACGAAUCUGAGACCCCAACUGACCAAGAUCAACGUGAUUCAAGUGAAUCGAAUUAUGCCUCUGUCAGUCCAACUGAAACGGAUAACGCUCUUCGUCCGCUCCAAGAAUAUACCCCACCCUUAAGCUCAACUUCUAUGCAACAAUCCAGCUUCCGCUUCCCUUCUAAUUCCUCUCCGACCUCGUCGGGUUCGGCACCCCCAAUGUUGCCUCCGCCUGAGACUCACGCUAUGCCCAUGCAACCCGAGACAGGAUACCCAACUCCCAUGUCCGCUUCUGACCCUUCCCUUCGGCACAGUCUCGUGAACGUCAAUGGCGUCAACGGUGUGAACCAGUACGGUUACGCAUCUAACGGGCCGCUCCAUUCAUCCCAACCUUCGCAUUCAUCUCACGCAUCUCAGUCUUCUCCAACGUCUCAUCAGCAUAUCCCUGGCACGUUUGACCACCGCGGCCCACCGCCACGUCACUUGACAAAUGGGAAUGUGAUGCAACCUCCUCAAUCCGACAGUGAAGCUUAUUACUUCCAGAGGAUGUUCAAGGAGCUGGGUAUGCCUCAUGGGUUUGACUCGAUUUAUGCAAGUUCUAGUCCUACUUCGAUGUCGGAUGGACUGGGUGCCGAUCCUGCGAAUUUGGGCCCUGGAUCACAUCGUGGUAUGGGCUAUGCCAAUGGAGUGAAUGGCGCGAAUGGACAUGCUCAUGGACAGAUGGAGGCUGGGUAUGCAGGGCCUUACUCACAUUCAUCGCCAAUGCAGACCCAACAGCAGCAACAGCAAUACCCUAUACAGAUGUAUCAAGGUCCUCCUCCCCCGACUGGUUAUGGUCUUAUGCGGUGAUUCGGAGUCACGAUGUAUGCACUCCUCUGUCUACUGCAUCUCGGGUACAUGAACCAUUUUUCGAUUAUUACAGUGGUCACAUAACGCUUAAAAAGUCUUAUGUACUUUCUUUUUGUCUCCUCAUCUCUUAGUUGGUCGCAUUUUGUCGCUCUUGCUAUCGUUUCGUUACUGGUGUCGUUUAUGUUUCCCUCCUGUUUGGUCUCCGGUCGCUCUUGUAAUGGCUUUAACAUCGUGCAUAGAUUCGUGUAAUCAUUCUCUGUCGUCGUUAUACCGUCUCCGACUUCGCUUUAAUCAUGCCUUAUUGUUCAGUCGGCCCCGUGUAGAAAUCCACGCAGUCUGAAAGGCCAAGAUGAUGAUGACCGACGUGUAUAAGCGGCAAACUAUGAUUCAACCCCAAUGUAGAAGAUAACUACGUCUCUCCCCACAGCCGCAGCGAUCCUAGGAAUACCGGGCGUUGCAAGGAAGUCAAAGUCGCGGACGUACAAGGGCCUUGGGGCGACCGUGAAGCUCGUGGGUUCGGUGUCAAUGUACGUUAUGUGGUGUACGUUGAUGACUGCGCCUUUGAUGGGAGAGUUUGUUGAUACGCCGAAGUACUCGGGGAAGGUCGGACACCACCUGUGCCACAUCCCCAUUAAGAUUCAACGUCUAUUGUUCGCGGGAGGGAAUAAGGAUUUCUUACCUAAAGCGGUUGCCGCCUUCAGUAAAACUAGUGCCUGACAUGGUAGGUUUGCCGCCAUGCAGCUUCGUCAGAUCCCACAGUGCGAACUUGGAACCAUAUGUUGCACCGAUGCUGUAAUGACGAAUGAAUAGAAUCAGCCGCUCAGACAUC